AUGUCCACCUUGUGGGCCAAGGAGAAGGAGAAGGGCCGGGCCAACGGGCGCUCCAGUGACCGGGGCGGCCACGGCGGCACCAUCGAGGUGGGCAGCAGCAGCAGCCGCAGUCGCAGCAGGCGCAGCGGGAGCUGCCAGGUUGUCGCCUGCAGCGGGAGCGGGAGCACGAGCAGCUCCAGCAGCAGGGAGCGUUCCAAGAGAAAGAAGAAAAAGAAGAAGGGCAAGAAGAAGAGGAAGGCCAGCAGCACCAGCAGCCGGAGCCGCAGCAGGCGGAAGCGGCAGAAGCUCGAGAGCAGCAUCGCGGACUCCGUGGCCGCCGCCCUGAAGCGGGCGUCCCGCGCGUCGCCCCUCGGCUCGCCGGCGAUAGGGAACCUGGGCAUCUCCGCCGUGCCCGUCUGGAUCAAGGACAGGCCCGACACGUCGAAGCUCGGCAUGGACCUGCAGACCGGGGGCUCCGAGCGCUCGCUGCCGAUGAGCCAGGCCGGGGGGCCGGAUGACAAGCUCAGCCUGACCAACGGCAUCUGCAUGGAGUAUCCACGGGGCCUCUGCCAGCGCUCCAACUGCCCGUUCAAGCACCUGGCGGCGGUAAGGUGA